CGGAGCCGCACAGGGAUGACGAUUAUUCAAAUUUGAAGCACGGUGGACUAAGAGACGGAUUAGCAGGAUUUGUUGAAGUUGAAAGGCUGCGCAGGGGAAGGCUCCAUGAAUGUACGUCACCAUGAUGAUGAUGGACCAGAUGCAGGAGCUCCCGCCGCUGCUGAGCGGCGAGGUUCCCAUGAUGCACCACAUGAUUAAUGGAGAUGCCUCGCAGCAGGUGAUCCUGGUCCAGGUGAACCCUGGAGAAACUUUUACCAUUCGCAGAGAGGAUGGAACACUGCAGUGCAUCCAAGGUCCUGCUGAGGUUCCCAUGAUGUCACCGAACGGCUCCAUCCCACCCAUCCACGUGCCCCCAGGCUACAUCUCCCAGGUUCUGGAGGACAACACAGGGGUGCGGCGUGUCGUGGUCACACCUCACUCCGAAUGUUAUCCCCCCAGCUACUCACCCGCUCUCUCCCCUACCCACCACCUGCCCCUGCCGUACAUGACGCACCCGCACUUCAUCCCUGCCUCCCACACGCCUUACUACCCUCCCGCCAGCCCCGGCGACGUGCCCCAACACCCGUACUUCCGCCUGCCACCUAUUUACCCCGAGGAAAUUAUUCCUCUGUAUAACAUGUCGACGUUUCUCGGCCGGGAGGAUUACAAGCCUCAGCCCAAGAAGCAAAAAGAGCGCGAGGCCGAGCGGCCGAGACUGGCCAGGGUCAGCACCCCACCGUCGUCCAGCUACAAGAGCGGCCCGGCCUGUAGCACCACACCGAACGGCUACACCAAGAGCCACGGCGGCACCGCAGCCUCAGGGGGAGGAAGCCCUGUCAAUAAGAGAGCGGAGAGAAGGACCAGAGGGAGCCCAAAACACUCGGACAGUGACCAACAAGAUCCUGACCUAGAGCCAAGAAGAGACCAAGAUGUGCCAUCAGGCAUGGAAAAGCCACAGGUUUCGAAGAUUCAGGCACGUUCAGCGCUGGUGUCCUGGUCUCGAGCCCCGUCUGACCGAGGGCAGAACGACGGCGCAUCUCUCUCCUGCAGCUACGAGCUUCUCCUCGCUGAUAAGGGAUGUGACGGGAAGUACAGAGUGGUGUACAGUGGAGAAGAGCUGCAGUACACUCUGACUGACCUGAGACCAGCUACCGACUACCACGUGAGAGUAAGUGCGGUUUGUAACUCCGUGAAGGGUCAACAUUCAGAGGCGAGGACCUUCACCACUCACAGCGCCCCUCCAGAGACCCCUCAACCCCCCAGACUGUCCCACCGCACCAAGAGCUCCCUGACUCUGCAGUGGAAGGCAAAUGUCUCAUUUCAGCCCCCGGGUGAUAACGGCUCCAAAAUUAACAGCUAUAGGCUGGAGUGGGAUGAGGGCAAAAAAAACAGCAUCUUCAAAGAGUGUUAUUACGGGCACCAGAGGCAUUUUAAGGCCACGAGAUUGUGCCCUGCUGUCGGGUACACCUUCCGUGUGGCUGCCAUUAAUGACAUCGGAACCAGUGGAUUCAGCCCAGAGGUGGUCUUCCACACUACAGGCAGCCUGCCCCAGAUGCCCCUAGCGCCGUGCCUGCUCCAGGUGGGGCCAUCCUGGGUGGUGCUGGAGUGGACCCGCCCGAGCAGCUGCAGCCCCGACGAAAUGGUCACGUACACUCUCGAAAUGCAGGAUGAGAACAAGGGACUGGAGUUUCAGGCGGUGUAUUCUGGACUGAAGCUGAGCAGGAGGGUGGAGGGGCUGAACAGAAACACUCAGUACAGGUUCAGGCUCACUACAUGCAGCGCAGAAUGGCGAAGCGCACCCAGUCCCAUCCUUGCCUGCAGGACGAGCGCAGACAAACCUGGACCUCCAGCGGCUCCCAGGAUCACCAACAUCACAUCCCACGGCUUCUGUGUGACCUGGGACCCACCACAAGACGACGGAGGAAGUGGAGACCUGUCGUACCAACUGGAAAUGUCUGAAGGGAAUUCCGGAGCAGUAAGCCAGUGGGUGGCGCUGUAUUGCGGGCCACAGCGGGAGCACGUGUGUGAGGACCUGAAAGCAGCUACUCAGUACUCGGUCCGCAUCAGCACCGCCAGUCCGGGUGGCCACAGUCAGUGCACAGACAGCUUGCUGGUGAGAACCCUCAGCCUGCUGCCUGGACCCUGCCACUCUCUCACCAUCCAAGGGAGCGUCAAACACCGGGAGGUGAACUUGCACUGGCAAGGUCCAGUGUGUGAAGCCAAGAAUGACGCUUUUGUCUACAUUCUGGAGAUGAGUGGAGUGGAAGAGGAUGCGGAUGCUGUAGAGGUGUACCGUGGAUCACGUACAGAGUGUCCCGUGGGCGAUCUGCUGCCUGGCGCCACCUACAGGUUCAGAGUGUGUGCCGCCAACGAUGCCGGGCAUGGCCCAUACACAGAGUUUCUGGAGGUGACCACUGCAGCAGGACCUCCAGGCCAGUGUGGAGCGCCGGUCAUUACUCUGAGCUCACACACCUGUGCUGUGGUCAGCUGGGUGACGGACGAGAGCUCGGGGGCCGAUAUCUCCGGCUACCGGCUAGACUGGGGUCGCGAUCAGGACUCUCUGGAAGUGGUCUACGACGGCGCGGACAACUUCUGCGAAAUCUCCGACCUGGAGGCGGCGGUCGGCUACUGCUGUAGAUUACAGGCCACUAACCAGGCAGGGGCGGGUCCCUACAGCGAGCUGGCAUGGUGCCACACGCCUGCCACUGCCCCCAACGCCGUCACCAACCUGUACGCACAGGAUGUCUUGCCGACAGACGCUGAGCCGUUCUGCCCCUCCACCUGCCUGGCGCUGGCCUGGGACGAGCCGAGCUGCAACGGCCGGGAGAUCAGCGGCUACACCGCGGCGCUGGGCGAGUCCACGAUCUCGGUGGGCAGCGGCACCUGCACUGUGAUCAGAAACCUUCAGCCUGACACAGAGUACAGUGUGCAGGUGAGGGCGGAGAACGCCGUCGGUGCCGGUUCAUUCGGCCCGAGUCUUCUCCUGAGAACCAGGCCACUGCCACCGAACCCACCAAGACUGGAGUGUGCCAGUAUAGGACCACAGAGCCUUAAACUGCGCUGGGGGGACAGCAGCAAGAGUCCACUCAGCGACGAGAUCACCUACAUCCUGCAGAUGGAGGACCGGAACCAGAGGUUUGUGCCGAUCUACCGGGGACCGAGCCACACGUUCAAGCUGCAGCGCCUGAGCGAGUCGAGUCGCUACAGUUUCAGGAUUCAGGCUGUGAGCGAAGCCGGCGAAGGUCCCUUCUCUGAGAUUUACUCCUUCACCACUACCAAAUCUCUUCCUCCCACACUCAAAGCUCCUCGGGUGUCUCAGCUAGAGGGCAACGCGUGCGAGGUGACCUGGGAGAACGUCCCGCCCAUGAAAGGCGACCGCAUCACCUACGUGCUGCAGGUUCUAGGCGGGAAAGAGUCCGAGUACAGACAGGUGUAUAAGGGAGAAGACACGACCUUCCAUCUUUUCGGCCUGCAGUGGAACACGGACCACCGCCUGCGCGUCUUCGUGUGCAGGCGCUGCGCAGACACCUCGCAGGAGCUCUGCGGAGCCUUCAGCCCCUCCACCCACUUCUCCCCGCGCCGCUCCAACACCUCUGUGAGCGCCGUGGAGGCGGGAUCGGUGAACUCCUCGUCCAGGAAGAAUCUCACCGACGAACAGUUCGCCAGCCUCAUCGUCCUCGGCGUGGCGUCCCUGUCCAUCUUCAUGGCUUACCUGCUCCAGCUGGUCAUCUGACGCGCGCGGACCAGGUCACUUCAUCAGGAGGGACGUGGAAUCGGAUUGUUUUAGAUCGCCUGCUUUAAAAAAGCUUUCCAGGUUUUAUAUUAGAUUUUUUAUAGAUUUUUCUUCACGUCUGUCUCUUUUAUAUGUUUAAAGUUGGUGUCCUGGUUGCACAGAUUUUUAAACUACAGCUUGCAUAAAUUGGUAAAUGAAAGUAUUUUUUAUACGUCUUCUAAUGUUUUCGGGUUCUUUUUAUCUUUUUUUUCUAUGUUUUUUUCUACAAGACCCCUGAACAGGUUUUAUGUAAGCGUUAAAAAUAUUUUUUAUACUUUUACCGAGUGUUUGUGACACAGCUUUAACCCGUCACAAAUGAUGAGACGUGUUUUGUCCUAUCUGUUAUCGAUUAUCAGAGCGGUUAGCUUGAGUUUAUCGACACUAAAGUAGCAUACUACACUAGUAUUACCGCAGGUAGCGUUUCUUACUUUCUAACUAGAGCUAUUGCUAUUUAAUGUAAAGAAAGAAACAAAGCGUAUAAAGUACAGGUACAAGGUACAAGCAGAAGAGGCUGUUAUAUUUAUUGUGCCCGUAAACAGUCAAUGAGUCAAUACAGACAGGUGACAAAUUAAAGGAAAUACUUCACUUAACUUCACUGUCGUAUAAACAUGUCAGACCAGCACGAACCACCAGAACAGCUUUGGUGCACCUUAAAAUAGAUCAUGAAACGAUUUGGGAUCGAUUGAAUGGGAUUUUUUAUUUCAAAAUGAUAAUUCUGUAAACUGGUGGUUGAUGGUUUGCUGGAGCGUUUGCUCGAUUUGAUGACGGUGAAGGCCGCAACACAGGAUUUACAUUCAUUUGUACCAUUUAGAUCAUUCCGUAAGUCCUUGUGCAUUGGGAAAUGAGGUGUUUUAAGAGACCAAACACAUCAGUAGAUGAUAGAAGUGUUUAAAUAUAUUGAUCAGAUGAUCCAAACUAAUUAAGCAAAUCAAGCAUACAGGACUGUAUGUUUCUCUCAGUGUUAGAAUAUAAUUAUGAUAUUCAGAGCACAGGGUGAGCCAUUGCACGGCGCCCCUGGAGCAGAGAGGGUUAAGGGCCUUGCUCAAGGGCCCAACAGUGGCUCCAUAGCAGAGCAGAACACUGUCCCAUGUGUAGCACACACAAAUUAUUUGAGCAGUUGUCCAGACUGAAGCUCCUGCCAUCUGUGCCUUAGUGAUCAACCUCUUUAAUCGUAAUUCAUUCAUUCAUUCAUUCAUUUUCUUAUCCGCUUAUCCAGUCAGGGUCGCGGUGGGGUGCUGGAGCCUAUCCCAGCUUUUCAAUGGGCGCAAGGCACACAGUAACACCCUGGACGGGACCCCAGUCCAUCGCAGGGCAGACACACACAUACACACAUAGGGCAUUUCAGUUUUCGGACUGUGGGAGGAAACCGGAGCCCCCGGAGGAAACCCACACAGACACGGGGAGAACAUGCAAACUCCGCACAGAAAGGACCCGGACCGCCCCGUCUGGGGGUCAAACCCAGGAUCCUGUGAUUGUGAUUCGGGGUUUGCUCAGCAUUUCUCUACAUGCCACAUCGCAUGGACAGAUGUGAGCUGUCAUACAGUGCAUCUCUCUCCCUGUGAACAUCUGGACUCCUUUUUCCUUUCAUUUGUCACCUGUUUGUACUCACAAAUGAGUGAAAAACUUUGCAUGGCCGGUAUAUUUAAGGCUUAAAGGGAACACGCCCUCCGUCGGGGCCUUCAAACCAGCAUUCGGCAUUCAAACCUCCAAAGAGGUUCAAUCAGCAUCACGUUUCCACUGGCGACCCGACAGCAUCGUAAAGUCUGGAGUGUGAGUACCUCAGGGACUGAAGGAGCCAGAUUAAUGCCAGCGCGUGCCUUCACGUACCAACGUUCAAAAGAAAACGCUUUCGUCUUCGCUAUUCCAGAGUGCCACGCGCGCUCGAACUUUCCUAGGCGAGGCUUCGUCAUGCAGUACAAAAAAAGAGAAGUGUUUACUAGCUCGAUCGUACCUUAACCAAAGUUAGCAAGCAAGCUAGCUAGUUAGGUUUAUUUAUACUAUAUAUUGCAUACAGUACUUUAUCAUGCAAAUCACAGUGCAAUCUUUCAUUUAUUUAUUUCUUUAAGAAUCAAACGAACCGUCAUAUUCGAUAUUUUCCUCAUGUAGCAUGUCUUGGUUAUGAUGAAUUCUUUUUUUUUUUUUUUUUUUUUUUUUUUUCAGUUAUAGAGCAAUAAUCUUAAUAGUAACCUGUUUUUCUUUCCUCAGAUAUAUAUGUAUUGUUCAUAUUUCAUGUUGUUUUUAUUCAUUCAUGUCGAUACUGUACUACAAUCCAAGUGCUUAUCUCUCAUUUCUCGUUAAAUCACAAGUUAAAGUCGAGGGUUUCUUUUGUUUAUAUAUAUAUAUAUUUUUUCUUUUUCUUUUUCUAAUACAGUAUUAGAAAACAAUAUGUGAGUAUAGGUGCGUAUCUGAAUCGUUUAAUCAGCGCAGUCUCAACCUGCCGUGCAUUAAGGACUUCCAACAUUCCAUUCCUGUUUUGAAGAAACAUGCUAUCUGACGGCCUGAGACGACUUGAUACCAGACCUAAAACUUGAAGUGGAAACACUUGAACGCUGUUCAUUUCAGUCAUUUUGCCUCAAACAGCCAAAUCUUCCCGUUUUAUUAUGAUUUUUUAUUUGCUUCCGUCGGGGUUUGGGGUUCAGGAUCAGGUGAAGGACAUUCUUAAUAUCAUGAUUGGAUUUGGGAUCUUAUGACGUCAUAACGUUCAGCCCGAUCGAUCUGUAUCAGUCACCCAGAAUCGAAACAACUUUAAGAAAUGAAUCGAUUAAUCAUUCCACCCAUAAUCAUGUCACAUUUAUUGUUGUAAAUUAUAAUCAUAGGCAUUAUAAAAAAAAAAACAUACCAUAUCAGUUUAAUGUAUAGAGUUGAAGUAACUACCCUUUGUAUUUAAGAUGAUUAUGUAUCUGUAGCAUAUAUGUAAUAUAUUUAUACACAAUAAAUGUAAAAAAAAAUUCUGAUAUGACAA